AUGCAGGAGGGGAGGGGGCGGAGGGACGCAGCUGGGCGAGGGCAGCGCCGCGAGCGCCCACCGGCCGGCCGGCCGGCCGCUCCAGGUGUCCCGCGGCCGCUGCACUCUGGGCGCCGCACCCCGGCCGCACGUCCGCUCCCCACCUCGCCGCGCCUCCCCCCAGAGAACCGCUCCCAGCGCGGCGACACCCGCCCAUUGUGCGGACUCAUCGUCCGCCCCGUGCGCCGGCGCCCGGCUCCCCAGGGCCGUGGUCCCCGGGCCGGCAGCCCACCGCACGCCCGGGGUCCGGCCGGGGUCCUCGCGGAGCCCGCGGCCCGGCGGGGCGGCCCGGCCUCCCUCAGGCCGGUCCCGGAGACCCUCGGCCGCGGUGGCGGCCCGCCCCAGCCGCCCCAAGGGGUCGCGGCCCGCUCAGCCCGCCCAGCCCACCCGCGGUACCUGCCGAGCGGCCGGGCGUCGCGGCGGCUGGCGGGGGCGCCUCCUCGCUCCGAGGGCUCCGAGCGGCUGCCGAGCGCCGGGCAGCCCUGGCCUGCGCCUUACGUAAAGCGGCGGCGGCUCCGGCGCCACUCGGCGGAGGGCGGGAGGCGGCGCACCGCGGCCGCUCCGCUCCGUUACCCGGCAACUGGCCUCAGCGCCCAGCCAACCGGGCGCGCUCCAUAUCCUUCCGCCCAGGAGCCGGGAUUACAUCAGCGCCACCGCCCCGCCCCGGCCCCGCCCCUCCGGCCGGCGCUGGGCUUCCCGACACGGGCGGGCGAGCGGAGGGCCUUGGAACCUGGCGGAGCCUUGCUGCUGCCGGUGGGCGCUGGGAGUCGCCGGGAGGUUGGAGGACAGGAGGCAGGAGCCCACCCGGUGUGCGGGGCGUAG